AUGGCUCGCCGCCGCACCUCGCACAGCGAGCCCAUGAAUGAGGCCCCGGCCUAUCCCUUCUCCAACGGCAGCACAAUUCCUCCCCAACGCCGCGGGCCCAUCGAAGGCCCCAAUGGCCGGCGUUUGAUCCGGCGUGUCACCUGGCGCUCGUCCACCUACAAACUCAUGGCAUCGCUGUGGGUGUUAGGCGUCCUCUAUAUCCUGUGGCUCAUUCGGGACCUCUUCUAUCUCCCCUUUACCCCGUCCGAGUCCAUGCCCCCGGCCAUGGAAUAA